CUCAGUUGCGGGAAACUUGCUGCUGUUGCGCUUUUGGUUCAGAUUAUCGCGCUUUCUGUGGUACCGUGUGUUGUGCUCGUGCGGCACGUUGGCCUUCUCCGGGAUCUUACGAAGGCAGCAGCAUCGGCAGCCACAGAAAAUAUGGCUGCUGUCGAGGGAUACGAUUACUCGUCGCUGGAGGGCUCAUCGCUGGAGCAGUGGAUCCCUCAGUCCAGCAGCCAUUGGCAAUGUACUCGAGCGGUGUCCCUGAGGAGGAGGGACAGAUUCACCCGGCCAAGCACGCUCACUCUGAACAAGGACGACACUCCAAUCAGUGACCUUCAGGUGCGUGACAAGAAUGCGUGAGACGAUCCUGAAGUCGAUUCCUCCACGUUUCAUGAUUUCCAAUCCUUCCCUUCGCGCAGGGCUCGGUGACUGUUGCGGUUCGGCUGGGGCCCUUCAGAGCAGAAUACUGGGGCAAGCAUUUCCUCACACCCCUCGAGCAGUGCAUCUACAUCAAAGAGAUCGUAUUUGACACAUGGGUGCCCGCUGACCAGUCUAUUGUUGACUUCCGAGCGGCGUUAGGAGAGCAGCUUAUGAAGGCCAACUCGACCAAAGCCCGAGUCCUUCCGGGCGAGAGGGGGCUGGGCGAGAGGUUUUAUGUCGCCGAGUACGUCGACAGCCCAUUCACACUUGUGCUGGAUGAUGAUAGAAGCAUGAAAUGCGGUUAGGUGGCCAAGCAGACGCACAAGCAAUGUACUUGUGUUUUCAUUCAUUUUUCAUUAUCAGCUGAGAUCCACAAGCUCCUGCUGGCGGGGAGGCUGUUCCCAAGACGAGUAGUCAGCGGGCUCGAUCACCGCCGUUCCAUUUAUAAGUGCGGCAGCUCAGACGCCCUCUUUUACUCGUAUUCACGGAACGACGACAAUCUUGCCCUCACCUGCGGCGCUCUUCUGUCGACAUCGCUCCUUCAGUCGUACACACAGAUCAUCCCUAAGUGAGCGAAAACACAACACAUCGUCGCACACACACAACACGUCCUUCUGGAAGAAUGAAUGUCUCCCCCUCCCUGUCUCUCCCUGUGCCUUGAUACACGCAGGCCGGUCGUUGGUCUCAUAAACAGAGAAAAGAACUGCGAAGACAUGACUAUCAACUGGCUGGCGGCUCAUCUCAAUGGCGACGAACAGGAAUCAUGUUAGUGAGACACAACAGCAGACAUGGCCGCCCUCGUGUUGUGUCUCUCAUGGUGUGUGUCUCCAGGUGUGAUCGUUGAGGAUGCAUCCGCACUUGUCGGCCCGCAAGGCAGCGAAUCCCUGUCGAGAACAAACACCGAGGCGAGACGCGAUGCAUGUGUCAACUUCCUCCGAGAUGUCUUCCCAUACUGGCCGGUACCCAGGCCGUCCUCCUUCCGUGUCCGCAUCCACUGAUGCGGUUAUUGAUGGGUGACUGACGUGCAGUGUAUGCACGUAGAUGUGUCUUGUCCAUGACGGGAGAGGAGAGGAUGGUUGGUAGGUGCUUGUUGGAGGUAGGCUAGGUGGAGACCUGAUGGAUGACGAUCGUCUCCUGUCUGCGUAUCAAUAUUGGAUAAUGUGGAUGAGUGUGUAGAUGUGUCAAUCGGCCGGUCCAUUCGUAUAUAUGCGGACGUGUACGUGUGCGCGCAUGCAUUAAUGGCCGUUUUCCCUGUUGAUCGAGUUUGUGGCUGUCUGUGAUCAUGUGUAUACGUAUGUGUUGGAC